AUGAACCCGGGUGGGCAGGGUUCGUGUGCCUCCCUUUUGGCGGGGCUAAACAAGAUGGAGCAGCAGAACCCAUCUACACCAGAGCGGAAGGCCAAAACAGAACUUCGAGAAGAUACUGAGCCGGACUUUGCAUCGUGCUUCAGCCCCGAGACGGUUGGUUUGAUUCAUGGUUUGGGUGACAGCCCAGAGAGCCUAUCCUUGAAGGCAGACUAUCUAAAGGCUUUGAACGAGUUGAAGCGAGGCACUGUCACCGAACCUGCUGGUGUCAACACCGGAGGAGCCCCUCCCGCUGAGGUUCCAGGCCGGGAAAUGCCAGUGAACCCGCCUGUGCCGGCUGAGCCGGUUGAGGUGUCCCAGCCAGCAAAGCUAGAACCAAAACCCACCCUUGACUACUACCAACAGAAAGAGGAUGAAAUGAUGGACCGUUUAGACAAACACAUGAAAAUGUUGGCCGAGAAGUUUGAGCAUGAGCUACUUGAAAAGAAACGUGCUGCUGAACAUGACCUAGAUGUUGAGAUAGGAAUCAAACGUCAGAAACGGCUCCAAGAGCUCGAUGAUGAGGUCCGUGAUGAGAAAUGUAUGAAAGAGGCCCAUCUAGCUUCCUUGGAUGCCCAGUUAGCUGAGAAAAUGCAGCUUGUUGCCGAUGAACAAACUGCUCUUGAUGAAUUGAAGGAAAAAUCCAAACGCCUACAGAGAGACCUUGAGGCUGCUGCUGACCCUCCGGGUUUGCAUGGUUUGAGUACCCCGUGCUCAAAACAAUUGGGUACCAGUAGUUCUGAUAGGGAUGCAAUGAAAGCAAAGUUGAAAGAGAAGUUGAAUGAGACAGUGAACAAAAACAAGUCUUCCCCUGCACCAUCAAGUUUGCCAUCGCCCCCCAGCAGUGCCGAGAGGGAUGCUGGUGUGGUUGCUGUGGUACCCGAAGGCAAGGGUGGUGAGGUUGCUCUGUUACCUGUUACCACUAUGAGGUUCACUAGCUCAACGCACCCUGAAGCCUGGCAUUUCCUCUACCGUUUGAACAAGAAGGUUGAUAGUGCUGAUCAACUCCCAGACUGGCAGAAGGAAGUGUACGAACAAUGGCAUGCAGGAGGGACCAAACGUGACAAGCUACUUCGAGACUUUGUCUGCCGAUGCUAUGCACCCAAGGAAGAUUUUGGACAGAAUAAGGCGAAGCUGAUGGCCUUGACCACGAUGAGACUGAAGACCCGCCAGUUUCGACGAAACCUCCAAGGAUACUCGUGGCACACGGAGGUGGAACUUGAGAAAGUACUUGGUUGGGAAAAGACUCAUGGUGGCAACCUAUUGGGUGUUUGGUGCAUGAAAUGCUUGUACGACUCGAAUGUCACCAAGUACUUGGUCCUCGUUAAGGAUGAUGUCGAAGCAGGUGACGAACGUUUGAAGGAGUUUGAACAGGAGCUCCAGGACAUGGGGCUGUUUGACACACAGUUCUCACUUGGAGACUUGUUAGACGAAGAGGAAGCAGAGACCAGCCCAGACCAGCAGCCCCCCGAGACCAAGAAAAAAAAACUUGAAGAGUUCCCCCCCAUUGAGGGGGAAGAGUCGCUCAUGGAAUACAUCGGCCAAUUCAAAAAGGCAUGCCUGACACGCAAAGCCAACCUGAAGACAGCAAAAGAACGUUUGGAAAAAGACAAAGCGUCUGGACAUGAGACGCUCGCAUCAAAUUGUAAGCUGAAUGCCCUGUACAACAAGCUGACCGAGAUUGAAGCUUCUCCCAGUGGUCGUUCGACCUUCUACACAAAAGCUGCCCCGAAAAAGAAGGCGAAGGUGAAACAGCAAGGCUACCAGCUGCUUCGUCAGCUUCGACAGCCAUCCGUCAAGCACACCAUGCUGGCAACGUUGCUGCCUGGUCCCAGCCAAAGGUUCUUCUUGAUGGGAUUGGGAGACUACACCAUUCCAAGGAAUGCGAUUUCAACGGUGAAAUCCUCCAAAAUCAAGGUGAUGUGGGUUCCAGAUUGCAACUCGCGGACUUACCAACGACCUUGGACGUUAGAUUACCUGACGCAGAACAACGAAUACAAAGAGAUCCUCACGCGUGAGGAACUUUGGAUUCUGAUACGAGUCUGCUACAAGGUGGUGAAAUCCACCGUACUGACCACCGACUUGAGCGCCAUGGACAGUACCGUCUUGGCCACGUUGGAGGUGGGGGAGGUGGUGGAACUCAUUGGCGACGACUCGCACGCCACCGAGGAGUUGGACCUGCAUCGGAUACGCGUCCGAAGGUUGAAAGAUGGACAAGAGGGUUGGGUUACGGCCCGCGGCAACGCCAACAACGUCUUUCUGCAGUUGGGCGGCGACCGUCUCUCCGUCGUGAAGGAGACCUCCUUAACCGAUUCACUUUCCAUCAGCGGCCAGGAUGCCUUGAGGCAACUCCGGGUCGGAGAGAUCUUGGACAUCAUGGGUGAAGAAUCCAUUGAUGAGGUCUCCGGGCUGCUGCGUGCCCGUGUGCGAGCGCAAAGCGACGGCUCGGUGGGUUGGGCCACGAAGGUGGGAAGCACCGGCACGACUUUCCUGCGCCAGCUCUGA